AUGCAAGAAAAGCGCGUAGAUUUCUACGCUGAAAUCAAAAGAUGGGGGGACUGUGUCAUUGGAAUCCCAACUGUUUGUUGUCUUGGCGAGAAGAUUUGUGGCGACAAAGUUAGUUGUGGCAUGUCUGCGAACUUGUGGUACGUUUCAUAAGUUGGGAUUUCGCAAGGAGAAAUGAGCUUACCUAGAAAAAUAGUCUGAAACUCAACGCCAAGUUAAAGGGGGUUAAUCACCAACUCAGACGUAAUGUUACUGCUGUGGACAAGUUCUAUGGAGCAACCGAGGUACCAAAAAAUACCAUGCUUGUUGGGGCUGAUGUGACUCACCCGAAGAAUGGAGAUGAUGGAUGUCCUUCAAUCGCCGGAAUUGUUGCUACAGACGAUCCCAACUCUGGGAAUUAUCUUGCUUCAGCUAUACUACAAAGGGGCACACAAGAAGUGAGUAUAAUUGUGUCUAAUUUGAGUCCUUCUAAUAUUCAACAGGAAAUUAGUGAGCUAGCUGCAAUGAUCAAGGAGCGAGUUAUUGCUUGGCAAGAUAAGGCGAUGGUAGCGAUGUAUCCAAAGAAGACACCCGGAGGGCCCAAAACAACGCAGAAACCGGGGAAUCUCACAACAUUGCCGUCCCACAUAUUCUUCUAUCGAGAUGGGGUUAGUGAGUUACAAUUAGGAAUGGUUCGCAAAGAGGAGUUACCGCAGAUCAAAGGAGGCUGCGGGAUGGCUCUAAAAGAGUUGACAUCCCAAAAAAAGAUCUCGAUAAAGGCUUGGGAGCCGAAAGUAAUAAUGUUUGUCGUUGUAAAGCGUCAUCACGCUAGUUUCUUUAAUACCUGGUUACCGAAUCCAGAUACAACCCAACCUCUUAGCGAGGCUGAUCAGAAAGAGGAGAAAAAGAAUCUACCUGCCGGAACUCUCAUCGAUACAAAGGUAGUGGCACCUUUUCGCAAAGAAUUCUAUCUUCAAAGCCAUCAGAGUGACGAGGGAACGGCCCGGAGCGCAUGCUACAUUUUAAUUGAAGACGAAUCAUGGUUGACCAUGGAGCAACUCCAGGAGGCAGUAAGUGUCUUCUAUCACUUAGCAUCUUACAAAACUGAUACUCACUAUGCAGACACAUCACUUCUGCUAUACAGGAACGCGAGCGACGAAAUGUCCCUCGACUUGUGUCGCAGCUCGCUACGCUGAUCUUCUUUGUGAUCGUCUAAGGCACUAUCUAAGACCUGCAUUGACGAAUAGCUAUCGACCAAGCAUCACGAGCAACGACAAAAGUGGCGACUUAGAUCCAGCCGAUUUUGCAAAUGAUGAAAAUAUUUGGGCGAUCGAAAAGAGCUCGGGCCAGGAACGAGACAAGUCAAAGAACCCGUGGCAUGAAAGGAUGGAUGGCAUUAUGUUCUACAUCUGAGGAACAUAUGUAAUCGGGUUUUGAUGAUCGAUAUUUCAAGCGGGGCAUGUGUUUGUUCGGAUCUUAUGACUUUCAGCUGUUUUCCUUUUCUGUUUUUAACUCCUCUCUCUAAUGGGAUUUCGUAUUCUCCGAUUUGUUAUUUUCCUUCUGCCCUUUGAUCUUUUACAGUCUGUUGUUCUUGGUACUUGUCCUCAUUACUAAGGUUUCGCAUGUUCGGCGUUUUUGAGUUUUCGUAGGGCUUUGGUCUGCUAUUUAGGGGGUGGAAAAUAACCUCAGCUGAGAAAGAAUAUGGCUGCAGGGAUACUGGUUGCUCGUGCAAUGUUUUCGUGUAUGGUAGUCUUGUAAUG